AUGCAACACGAGAGAGAGCUAGGGAAGCGGAGGCGGGGCGAGGAGGGCACCGCAGCCGAAGACACUCACAACUCAUGCAACGGCAUCCUUCGAGAGGUGGUUGAUCUGAAGGACAGAGAGAAGCUGGGCACCGCAGCCGAAGACGCUCGCAACUCGUACAACGACAUCCUUCGAGAGGUGGUUGAUCUGAAGGACAAAGAGAAGCUGGGCACCGGGGGACGAGACAGGCUCUUCAAGAUUGUGCGGAGCAACCUCGCGAGCUGGAGGAUUGUCAAGAUCGGGGUGAAGGCGCUUCACUCGCACCUAUCCGAGGACGGUCUCUUCAGCGCGGCAGAUGAGCUGCGCGGCAGCGAGAUGUACGGGGCACUCAAGCAGGUGUGGGCGAGCUACCUGGGCGUCCCCGAGAGCGGACUCAGCACCAAGGAGAGAUCUUCUCUGCUGUCCAUGCUCUUGAAGUUGAUCAUGGGGGUGCUUAAGGACAGGAAGGCGAGGUCGGAGUGCCUUGAUCUGGAGGAGAAUCAAUUUCUCAUCUGCGCCUCUUUGGAGUACAUAUCGGUCUGCCGCCCAUUCCCCAGGGGCGUGGCCGGGGUGCUUGCCUUUCUGGAUCAGCUGGCCGGGGACCGCUCCCUGGUGGUUGGCAACCGGGACAUCUCGUAUCUCAACAGGCGGCUGGUCGAGCACUUCAUGCGCUUGGUUCAGGUCUACCGCGGGAAGGGUGGCGUCCUGUUGAAGCUGUUUUGGCUGAUGGAUGAUCUCUCGCUGUUUGCGGAGAGCAGCGCGCUGCUUCUUAAGUCUGGGAGGUAUGUGCUCGAGAUCAUGGAGAAUCCGGAUGAUUCCAUUUUGUUCUCCACGUUGCACAAGGAGUUCGCGAAACUCUGCGCACGAAGCUCUGAGUUCCGGGAUUUGAUGUUCGAUGAAGGGCGCUUGAAGUCAGUGGGCACGCUUCUGGAGAAUGACAAAGACAAGGGCGGGAUGUUGUCCCUUUACCAGUUUCUGAUCUACUGGAAGUUCCUCUCGAGCUUGGAUGACAUGCAGCUCAUGUUCGACACGUAUAGGGGGUUGAACGAUUUCUUAGUUGGCCUUGUCCGCCGUUCGGUGCUUUGCAUUCUCUCCCAGGAAAGCCAGGGCGUGAUGUCGACGUUUGGGGUCACGUUCAGCUUUGGCAAUUUCCUGAUGGAGGCUGAGUCAUACCUCGCGCGAUCCCCGGAGGCCUGCAGGAAGCUUCACGUUGUGUUUCCGUACACCUCUCUUUUUUCCGCCAUGGAGUGCCUCCCCCUUGCUGUCAAUGAGGAGCUCAAGGAGGAGCUCAAGAGCUCGGGUUCGGAUGAAAUCCUCAUCCGGGUCCAUGUUGGCCUGUUGAAACUCGGCAAGAUGGUGCUCUCAGAGAUGCGGCAGCUGGAUAUCAAUCGGGCUGUGGCCCUCGAUGCGAGCGUCCAAUGGCUCCUGUGGUGUUGUGACAGCGGGAUCAGCGUCUGUGCCGUGUUGCAGAAACUCGUUACAACUCGCCGGGCCAAGGAGAGCCUCGAGAGGGCUCUCCUCCAGAAGACCAAGGACUGGGUCAAGGAGAGAAAUGACAAUGACAAGAACAAGAAGGAGUUCUUCGAACAGCGGAUGGAUCUGUUGGAUCAGAUCCAGGAUGCGAACCGUUCGAUCGUGAAAUGCUGCAAGUGCGGCCGGGGUUGCUCGAAGAUUGUCCUGGCCUGCGGCCAUGCCGUCACGUGCGAGACCUGUGAAUUGAACUUGGACAUUCACAAGUGCUGCCCUUAUUGCGGUGGAAACAUCGAUGCCGUCACGUGCGAGACCUGUGAAUUGAACUUGGACAUUCACAAGUGCUGCCCUUAUUGCGGUGGAAACAUCGAUGCGAUCAAGAGGAUCUUCAUCAAGGCAAAGGAGGAUUGA